AUGGGGGUGAUUAAAGCAUUGGACCAAUCUGUGGUCAAUAAGAUAGCCGCCGGUGAGAUCAUCAUUGCCCCAGCAAAUGCUCUCAAGGAAAUGUUGGAGAACUCUAUUGAUGCUGGAAGCACCAAUAUACAAGUGGUGGCAAAAGAUGGUGGGAUAAAGGUGCUUCAAAUAUCUGACAACGGGAGCGGGGUGAUGAAAGAUGAUUUACCGAUUCUCUGUCAACGGUUCACCACAUCCAAGCUUUCAACUUUUGAAGAUUUGGGAUCACUCAACACUUAUGGGUUUAGAGGUGAGGCAUUGGCGAGUAUUUCCCAUAUUGCUCAUUUAUCCAUUUUAACGAAGACCAAAGACUCGCCCUGUGCUUGGGCUUGUCACUACUCUCAGGGGAAACUUGUUCCUGCUAAAGCAGGCGAGUCACCUGGCCCAAAACCAAUCGCUGGUAAGAAUGGCACACAAAUAACCGUGGAAAAUUUGUUUUACAACUUUUCUUCUCGUUUGAAAUCGUUGAAAUCAUCUAAUGAAGAAUUUAUAAAGAUAUUAGAAGUGGUUCAAAAAUAUGCGAUCCAUACUGCCAAUGUUGGCUUUUCUGUGAAAAAAUUGGGAGAGUCACACAACUCAUUGACGAUCAGAGAAUCACAGAAUAUCAAGGAAAGAAUUCGGGCAGUCUAUAGCUCUAGUGUUGCGAAUAAUAUAAUUCCAAUUGAGUCACAGGAUAUGGCAGAAAUUGGUUUAAAAGAAGUGAAUGGCCAAAUUUCGAAUUUGAAUUAUAAUGCUAAUAAGAAAAAAGCGCAGGUAGUUUUUUUCAUCAAUAAUCGUUUAGUAGAUUGUGAUCCUUUGAAGAAAUCUUUAUUAAACAUAUACUCGGCAUAUUUACCUAAGGGUGCAAAACCAUUUGUGUAUUUAAGUCUAAGUAUAAAUCCAGCCCAACUCGAUGUCAACAUUCAUCCAACAAAAAAGGAGGUUCGUUUCUUACAUGAGGAGGAAAUAAUUGAUUUUGUAUGUCAAAUUGUUCAAUCAGCCUUAAGUAAUGUGGACGACUCGAGAACAUUUAGAGCGGUACGUUUAUUGACUCGCUCGGAAAAUCGUGAUUAUAUAGAAAACCAGGAAUUAUCGCGACCUGCAGCACCACCGCCACCAAAGAAAAGGCAGAAGAUAUCAUUGAAUCAAAGUUUAUCCCAAUCGUUUGCGUUUGGUGCCUCUGCUCCAAAGCCUCAUGAAAGUAAGCUUGUACGCGUGGAUGGUACUCAAGCGAAGAUUACUUCUUUUCUACAACCCACAAAAUCCAAAUCUACUCAAGAGCAAAAUUCGUUACCAUCUCAAGACACGUCUAUUUUUGAGAAUUCUGUGUUUGAGCUCGAUGAUUCAAGCACCCAGGAUGGGUCUUUUAUGUUAGCAAGCAAGGAGAACUUUACGUUUGUUGCUAAUGAAAGGGUAAAAGUAACACUAGAUAGUGUUGGCUUACUACGUUCUACUGUUGAAAAGUCUGUCAAUCGUGAACUAACAAAAGUUUUUUCUGACUUUGUAUUUGUUGGCAUUGUUCAAUACUCUUCAAGAAUGCUUACUUUUCAAUCAGGAAUUAGUUUAUUUUUAGUGGAUUAUGGUAAGUUGUUUUAUCAUCUCUUUUAUCAAAUUGGUGUUUCUGAUUUUGCCAACUUUGGGAAAAUAUUUUUGAAAACUGGAGUGCUGAUCAGAGAAUGUGUCCUUUUUGUUGAUAAGAAAACAAGGCCAGAUAAUGUUGAUGAAGCGAAAUCUAAUGAACUCAUUAACGAGCGUAUUGGCCUGCUUGUCGGGAUGAAAGAUAUGUUGGAAGAAUAUUUCAGUAUUGUUUUAGAUGUCAGUGACCCCAUGAAUCCAAAUUUGCUGUCAGUCCCGCUACUCGUCAAAAACCAUCUUCCAUCGAUGGCUAAAUUGGCAAUCUUCAUUUACAAAGUGGUAAUGAAAAUUGACUUCGAUGAUGAAACGGCUUGCCUUGACGGAGUUCUCAAAGAAAUUGCGUUAUUUUAUGUACCUGAUAGUGUUCCGGGAUACGACGAUGUAAAGAACGGCGAGGAGUCUGAAGAUAUGAUAAAAUAUAUCAAGACUGUGGAAUUUUUAUUGAAUGUGGUUAAGAAACGAUUUUUGGCCACAGAUGAUUUGGUGGACUCCUUGGUUGAAAUUGCGAACUUACCAUCUUUGUAUAAAUGUUUUGAAAGAUGCUGA